AUGGCCAAGCCGAAUGAUACUCCAAAGCUUAAGGCUAGAUCUAAAGCGAAAACAGCGAACAAAGUUUCCAAAAGACAGGUGAAGGCUAAGGCGAGGUCCGCAAAGGCAAUGGUGGAGAAGCUGAAUACGGCAAACGGGUCGGAACUAAAUAUUCUGAGGGAAGUGGAGGCUAAGACUGAGGAAAAGGCAGGAGCACUUAAGGGCCUGCGACACGAACAGCAGAAAGACGCUGAAAAGAAAAAGAUAACAGAGGAGAAAGAAAAGGCUCUUGAUAACGAUUUGACCGCGCAGUUGGAAAUGAUCACAGGCAUCAGCCUCUAG